CCACAGGCUGGGCCUCUUUUCUGGCUACCAGAUGUAACCUUACAUGAUCAAGAAAUCCCAACCGGUCGUCGCGCAGUCAGUCACCUGACAUGCCUGGAUGAACGUCUGCUAAAACAUUUUCUUCGCUUUUGAAAACACUGGGCUUGAAUCCGGGAGUGUUUUGUGUUUGGAUGACGUCGCGAUCAGUCAGCGAAAUGUUUAUACCCCUGUUGUAAAACACGGGGGGCAGUCGGUUAUGUUGCCAUAGCAACACGUGCAGAGGGCUUCUAUUUCUGACGCAUCCAAAACAUUCAGGCGUACGCGUCGUAGUAUCCAGGUUAAGAAUAUACACGUCUUCCUCGGGCGAUGUGUUUGACGACAGUCUAGCUGUUAUGGAGCUUAUGAUCGGGGACGAGACGAUAUGUUUAAGAAAGAGAAACUAUAAGCGUUAUUACCUUGUAGUCGGGAUACUUGCUGGCCUGGGCGGAUUCCUAGUGGGUAUACUGCUGGGGAGGUUCGCUAUUCCCCGUGGGGAGGAGGACGGAAUGGUCAGUCAAGCCCCCAGGUUUUCCAGCUAUGAGGGUGGCCAGCAUUCCACUCAGCACGAUCUACCACUUGAUGUUUCCCCGGAGUUUCAUCGCAGGAUAUCGGCUGACAAUAUCAGGGAUUACUUAAGGGACAUCACGUCACACCCUCAUCUAGCCGGCUCUGCGCAAAGCGAGGCGCUGGCCCAAGACCUCGCUCAGUUCUGGCGGGAGUUAAACCUAGACCAGGUGAACCUCACACCCUACAACAUUCUGGUAUCCAAGCCCGACCGCUCCGAUCCCAACGCUAUCCAGUUUGUAGACGAACACGGCAAUGUGGUGUUUACGUCCGCUCCCGUAGAGCGCACUCUCACCCAGCAGGACAAUAUUGACGAGGCUGUUCCUCCUUUUACUGGUUUCUCCCCGGCGGGAACGGUGGAGGCUGACCUGAUCUAUGUGAACUACGGGCGUUAUGAGGACUUCGUCUCCCUCACACAGGACAUGUCCGUGAACAUCACCGGUAAACUCGUCCUAGCCCGCUACGGAGAGCUCUUCCGGGGUGAUAUAGUGAAAUUAGCGGCUCACUUUGGCGCUGCUGGGGUGAUACUUUACAGUGACCCUGGGGACUACACAUGGGGGGACAAGGUUUACCCUCGGGACUGGUGGUUGCCAGGGACUGCAGUGCAGAGAGGCGUUGUCAUGACGGGAAACGGGGACCCACUUACACCCGGCUACCCAUCAAUCGAAAGUGCCUACAGACCUCCAAAAGGUUUUGUACCCCAGUCUUUACCGCAAAUCCCAUCACAUGCGAUCGGUUACGACGAUGUAAAGUUUCUUUUUAGACAGAUGAAGGGCGCUAUUGCUCCACCGGACUGGAGGGGAGGACUAAACCUUACCUACAGGCUAGGCGGAGUGAAAACGCCUAAAAGUUUCGUCCGCCUGCGCGUGACCACACGUAACGAGCGGAGGACGGUGUACAACGUAGUAGGCAUCAUCCGUGGCUGGGAGGAGCCAGAUCGGUAUGUGAUUAUUGGUAACCACAGAGAUGCUUGGGGUUAUGGAGCCUUUGACCCCGGAAGUGGUUCCGCCAUUAUGAAGGAACUCUCCAGGGUUUAUGCGGAAAUGAAGAAGGAAGGCUGGAGACCCAGACGCUCUAUCAUAUUCUGUAGCUGGGGAGCCGAGGAAAUUGGACUGAUUGGCUCCACGGAAUGGGUGGAGCAAUACUCCAAACUGCUAAGUGAUCGGACCGUGGCCUAUCUCAACAUCGACACAGCUGUACAGGGUAACUUCUCCCUGGAAGGAAAUGCAUCACCGUUGUUGUAUCACGUCAUGUAUGAAGCCACCAAAAAGGUUCCCAACCCGGAUGUGGGUGAUCAGAAAGCAGGCCUCCUCACAGUGUACGACAAAUGGCUACAGACAUUUCCGGACAAGCCCAUCAGUCAGAACUUCGUACGCCCAAAACUGCGGGACUUGGGUGCGGCCAGUGACUACACGGGCUUCUAUCAGCUGUUAGGUAUACCGGCCGCAGAUGUCCACUACGUUUACAACAAGAAACUGAUUACAAACAUUGCCUAUCACCCACUCUACCACACGGCCUACGAUACCUUCUACUCAUUUCAGUCAUUCGCUGACCAGGAUUUCCAGACGUCGAGGACAAUGGCGCAUGUGUGGGCAGAAACAUCCGCACUGCUGGCCGACUCCGUCAUUCUGCCAUUCAACAUCACUGAUUACGCUGAGGCGCUGCUCCGAUUUGCAGACAACAUUCAGAAGAAUUACGGGCGCAUGAUGAAAGCGGCCGCCAACAUUACAUUAGAUCAAUGUCAUGAAGCCGUGAAGUCGUUCAUGCGAGAAGCCAAAGAAUUUCAUCAGAGGAUUACUAAAAUGGACAAGAAAAAACCGCUAGCAGUCCGUCGGGUGAACGACCAGUUGAUGCAGAUAGAACGUGCCUUUAUAGAUCCGGCAGGUCUUCCCAACAGGCCGCACUACAGACACGUGGUUUUCGCGCCUAGCGCUGUAGACUCUUACGCAGGGACGGGUUUCCCAGGUCUAAUCGACACUCUGUUUGAGAUCGAGACCGCUCGGGAUCAAGCUAAGCGAUGGGAAGUGGUCAAGAAACAGCUUUCCGUUGUCAUCUUCACUGUGCUCUCGGCGGCUUCCACCUUAAGGGAUGUCACAGCUUUCAUGGCAGAUUAUUUCGUAUAGCACAUCUGAUCCACUGGGAAUUAGGAGUCCACUGUGAUACAAGACCAUAAAUCUCAGCCUUACUGACCUGUCCAACAACUUAUCAAGCAAUUGUCAGAAGCGCUAUUGCAUAUAAUUCAAGCCUGGUGGUUUGAAUUUAAAUUCUAACCACCGCAUUUACGCAAUCGGACUGUACAUAUACAGCGCGAGUUCAAAUAUUUCAAAGAAUCAUUUCGACAUGUAACGCUCUCUGUAACUGCUCUACGUGCAGUGGUUGUAAACUGGACAUUGGUCGCUGCACGAUCUACAUGAGAAAUUCCUCCCGUGUUUAUGCGGUAAAGAACAACUGCUUUCGGAUACUGCGCUCCACAGACUUUGUGUGUUUAAGAAGAUCAGUGCGCUGAUACAGUCUUAUCUCAAACCGCCAGUCACAGACUACCAGUCACAUACCAAAGUAUCCCACGUCAAACCAUCUGUCACUGAAUACUGGCCAUGUAACAAAGUCUCCUAUGUGCAAGCACCAGUCACUGACUAACGGCCGGGUUCCAAAAUCUACCACCUUCCAAAAUCUACCACUAAUUAUCAAUCGGACACCAAAGUUAACCACCUGUAGUAAACUCGCCUAAAAGGUGCACUUUCUACUGCUAGUGCGCUAGUGAGUCUCUUAAUAGUGCACUGAUUCACGCACUGGGCACUGAGUCACCUGUUUGUGCACUGAGUUUCCUGCUAGAGCAUCUGCUGGAGCACUGAGCCACCUGUUUGUGCACUGAGUUUCCUGCUGAGAGCAUUGAAGCAGCUACUAGGAGCACUGAGUCAUUACCCAAAUAGUGCUUCCUGUUUCAUAUGAACAUAACGAUGAUGUAAAUAUUUGUAUGUAUGAUUGUAUUUCUAAAGCUUUACACAUUUUUACGUAAUCAGGAGUGACCAAUAUUAUUUUAUAUUUACUUAUUUUA